GAUUCCAUGCUCUGUUGCAUGUCAUUCCUCGGAGAACUGUGACUCAUUCUUUAGUAGUAUUUGCUUCAUGUAUGAAAGAUAUGGGAUUUGUGCACGUAGUUUCAUGUCAAGGGGACUAAAAUGCUUUCGUGUUGCCCAGGAUAAUACAACAAUCAUUUUUCUCGCGUUUCCAAUCGUUUUGUUAGCUCUUAAGAAGUUCUCGAACGAAUGUUUUCAAGCCUUGCCAGUUCAGCUUUACCAGGCAUGGCUAUUGUUUUUCUACACCAGUUUAGCAAUGAGAGAGAACAUUCUGAGAGUUAAUGGUAGCGAUAUAAGACCGUGGUGGGUCUAUCACCAUUACUUAGCAAUGGCGAUGGCGCUGGUGGGUCUUACGUGGGGCAUACAAAGCCAUCGUGAUUGCUCUCGCAAGCAGCAUGGAGUGGAGUUGUUCCUUCAAUGGGCAGUGAUGCAAGGUGUGGCGAUGCUACUCCAGAAUUGUUAUCAGCGUAAACGGCUCUACACAAGGAUUGCCCUCGGCAAGGCUGGGAGGAUGGAUGUAGUCUGGGGAGAGACAUCAGGUGUGAAGGGCCAGCUCUGGAUCCUGUAUCCUGUUCUCUUCACUCUGCAGGCGUUUCAAUGUUACAUUGGAGCCCUUCUCUUGCAGACAGCCAUUGUUGAAGAUAAUUGCGAGUGGCAGAUGGUUGUGUGCGGGUUGUUAUUGAUCGCCAUGGCUUUUGGAAACUUUUUCAACACAAUAGCCACAUUGGUUACUAAAGCAAAAAUAAAAGCGAAGAUGAAGAAGAUGAAGCAUUUAGGCAAGAACGCGCUGCAGGGACAAGAUUCGGUCUUCACUUAGUGGGAAAUCGCCUUGAGCGUGGUAAAAUGAGAUUCAGCACCAUCACCAAGCUUUGUGUGCCUCCAUCAAUAUUCUUCUUCUUCGAGUAGAAUAACUAAAGAUUAUGAAGAUUAGAAAGGUUUUCUUUUGAAUAGCAGAACAUCUGAGGGAGCAGUUUUUCCUUCAGCAGCCAAUUCAUCUGUCCUCCAUCUGAUCCUAUCAAGUUCUAGGGCGUGAAGGGUUCUUUGAAAUGAAGAUGGGUUGGUUUGUGUCAUCCUACAAAUUUUGGUACUCAGGAUCAAGUAACAAGUGUAUCAAGAGGAAGCAGUGUUACCACAGAAUAGAUAGAAGAGUAUUCUCACCCGACCAUGAAUCUAUUUCUUCAAGCACCAGCUGGAAAUUUAUCAAGCACUCUUUCACGACAUGAAUACUGGACAGCAGCAAUGAAGGAUUCUGAAGGAUUCAUAGUCUACAACGGUAAAUAGUCAGAACAUUCGGCUGAAAAUUAUUGCUGGUCGUCCCUCCGAGAGCUGGAAGAUUAUGAAAAACAAAUAAGUAAGCAGAUCAGCACCAGCCCUAAUCAUGGUUAAUUUGCCAGGCGAGCUCACAAACUAUGCUGAAUAAAAAUCGAAGGAGCUUCGUUGCUUUUCUUCAUGUAAAAUUACCUCAGGUCAGAUCAUACGGUCCUUUUCAUUUCUGAAAAUGUGGCCUGGGAAUGGGAUCACGAAAUGUGAAAAAUAAUAAGCAGAUCUGGUUAUUCGUCACCAAGUGCAAUGCUUUGGAUUUACAAAACAUAAAAUAUGCAAAAUCCGUUAGGCAAACUGUUUGAGUAAAAAUUGGUCCAGCUUGCUACUGCAAUAUGAACUAGAGAGGCUAGAUUAUAAUAAAGUUCUUUAGAACUUUUCAAGAGAAUAGGAGGGAGGAGUUCUUAUCUUGGUUAAUCAUGGAAGGACACGCAUGGAAGCUCCGCAGUUAGGAACAGAUAAUGCUCGGCAAGGGUGGAUUUCAAUGGGAGUUUGAAGGCCAAAUGCUAGUGCUUACGUGGUGAA